AUGGACGUCCCCGCGCCGAUGCCCCCGCAGUGCGACAAUGUGCCGGACGCAUCUACGUUUGCCCUCGCUAUGUUUUUGUGCUUUGGCGUUAUCAUGUCGUACGUGCCGCAGAUCCUGCGCAUUUACUAUGCUGGAUCGUCCCUAGGACUUUCCCCAUGGUACUUGUUCCUCGGCGCGACGUCGAGCGCGUGCGCCAUGUUUAAUGUAUUUGUGCUCGAGUACCCAACCGCAACGUGCUGCUCCACUGGUCUUGGCAUUGCAUGCAUCGAACAGUAUAUGGGUGUGAUUCAAGUCAGCAGCCAGUGGCUCAUGUUUGUCGUCGUGUUUGGCAUGUACCUGUGCUACUACCCCGUGAGUGCAACACGCGCACAGCGCAAGAACCGCAGGAACCGCGAUACGGCGCCGGACGAGAACGACCCGCUGCAGGACAACUCGUCCGGCUCCGACAGCGACCUGGAAACCAUCCAUUCACACAUCCACCAGACGUACGGCUCAACGCCUCUCGCUGCAGAUAUAGAUCUGGCACGGCAUGCAGGCAACUACCGUGCCCUGCCGCACGCAAUGCGCCAGAUUUUGGAGCAGUACCACCUGCCAGGCGAGGAUGAGAUUUCUGGAUUGGCCGGUACCUCGACAGAGUGGCGUAUUUCCAAAGCACUCGCCGUCGCUGCGCUGCUCCAGUUUCACUUGUGCUUUGCGGUGUCUGUAUUUGUGCUCAUACCCGGCCGACCAAAGUACCAGAUCAAGCAGUGGGCCACGGUGCUCGGUUUCGCCGCCGCGAUUCUUGCCGUGCUGCAGUACUUGCCGCAGAUUUGGUACACGGUCCGUACGCGCCUCGUGCAAAGCCUCAGCCUGGCGACCAUGUGCAUCCAAGUACCGGGCACGUUCUUGUUCAUCUAUGUGCUCACGCUGCGCGAGGAUUUAGACUGGACUUCGUUCCUUGCCUACGUCUGCGCCGGCAUUCUCCAGCUUGUCCUCCUUGCACUGUGCCUUGCAUGGAAGAUUCGGCAAAAGCGUUUGGGAGUCGAUGACUAUGGGAGGCCUUUUGUGCCUACAUAG